AUGUUCCCCUCAUUGCAUUUGUCAAUUAGGCCGAACUUUUCGCAGAGGAGUGUCAUUGGUGUGGCCAUCUACACCUACUCCACUCCCCUCAAGCUUCCCCUUCCCAUUAUACCCAUAUUCUGCAGGUCUUCUAUCAUCAAACAAAUUCUGCUUAAUGGUAUUGAAUGCCCUUCAGAGGCUUUGUUUCCCAUCAACCACAGCUUACUAUACUCGGCGGAAAGUGCACCGAAACCCUCAAAGUCUUACACCUCUCUUUUAGACCUUCAGGAUCUCGUUUACACAGCGCGCACCGUCAGGUACCGUGUCGGGGACUUCUAUUUAGAUCUCAGCUCACUUCUUCCUCAGUUUGCUUUAGCGGAACAACUCAAGGCAUCAAGCACGGCAUUGGGUGGAUCCCUGGACCCAGACGCUACAGACACCGUCAAGGAUCCGCUACACGCAUCAGCUGCAGCCCCCCGAUUCAACCUCAUGACCAUCACUAUUAUUUUCGAGACCUGCAACAGAUCUCUUUUUAUUGAGUACCCCAGUACCUCCACUCUCAUGUCUGGACGGCUGAGCACAAUGUUAGUCGUUGGAAACACUGGCAACUCAGCUGAUUGGUUGCCCAUUCCAUUGUUUUCUAUGUCGGUUAGCCACAACAUUACUCUUCAGUUCGCUUCGUUACCACAGGAGUAUAGGCCAAUCUGUGGGGGCCGGCUGUGUAUCUGCAGCCGAGCUGGUAGUCAAUCUCUUCCCGCUACACAGGUCACAUGUGCCUCGACGGGAUAUCUAUUUACGGAUCUUUUCGGGAGUUUGCACAAGCUGUGCUUUAUUAUUGCACGUGCUAAUGGAUUUCUUCACAUGGAACCCUUCCAUACUCCAGAUGCUAAGAAUGUAAAAGAUGGAACAUCAGCUAAUAGAAAGGAGUCUCAGCAUAGCUUUGACUUCCUCAGAACAGAGUACCAUAAGCUUAUUGACCAGCACAGAACAAUUAGUAUUUACGAAUUAGUGAGAUUGUCACCAAUUCUCCAAAGCAUCUUCACGUUUCCUCAUAACGCCAAAGAUGGAGGGUUCAUCGGGUUAAAUCUCGUUUGCUAUACAUUAACAAAUAUGAGGCAGUACGAUCUUUCUGCACAGGUGUAUACUCUUUAUAAAGCGUUUAGGCUGGCCAUAGACUUCCUGUCACUCACACCGCACAGGGGCCGAAAUUUCAAUAUUGCUAUCUUUUUUGAUGGCUGUGGUCGCACGAUAAUCGGAAAUGGCAUCAUUGUUAUCCCACUGAUGCCCUGCAACUAUAUGGCUGCAUGCAUGAGCUAUAUGAGGGUUAUUUCCGAGGUCGUCGCCAAGUACAUAUUUGGGGUUCACGUUCCCGCUGCAGACUACGCUAGUCAGCCCGUAUGCACGGUUCUUCAGCAGGCUCUCAUGCUUCACAUACGGCACGCGUUGCUUGGUGCUGUGGAUACUCGUCGGUUCUAUUACGAAGUGAGCAUUCGAGGGGCGUCGGAGGUUUCCGCGUCAAGUCCUGCACUUUGGCAUCAGUACCUUACGCAUGAUGUUGAAGAACGGUACAACCCAGGCCAGUUUUACCUCCAUCACAUCAAGGGAGCUCUCAAUUAUGGCUUGUAUGGCACACCAAUGGAUAGGAUUGAUGGCCUCUUGAAGAAUGUUGGCUGUACAUCCAAAGGCACACUGAACGCCAGCAUAAAAAAGGCAUCAAUCAAGGCACCUGCGUGCAUAAGUCAUCUGGAGGCAGUCUAUAACUUCUUAGAUACUUCUUUCGGCACAUCCUACAGCGUAAAGCCAAGCAAUAAAAAUGUAUGGUUAGCAGAAAGUGACAAGGAUCGCUUGCACUUUCUGAACAGUCAGGGAUCAUAUAAAAGCGCAAAUUUGAAGCUGAAGAAAGGGAAAAAGUCCCAUGCCUCAAAGUCCCACGAGUACUAUCCGUCCGAUUGCCAGAUUUAUACCACACAUUUAAAGGAAACAAAUCCUAUUGAGGUUGCUGCGCUGACAGCAGACAAGUCUCGAUGGUUUAAUCAUAAUACUCUUUACAAUGUUGAUUUUCUAUUGAAUUUGUAUCGAUCAACAGCCGCAACAGCUUUCACACAGAUGGGUGCACUCACUAAUAAGCAUGUAGAAGAUCUUGCGCAGACAACUAUCCAUCAUUCCAAACAUGCAGUCUCAUUGGAUCCAGAUAACUUCUCGCUCGGCAAUUCCUUUUCCUCUCCUACUAUGCCGCGUAAGAUGGGGAUGCAGCUCUCAACGGCACUUAAGGUAGACCAGUCUUUUGAGGUUGAUGAUGUUGUGACAGAUUUCGGUGUAGACAUUGAUAGUCAAUCGGCAGCAUCAAGUUCAGUUUUUGCUGGAGGAAAGCAAUCUGGAACGUUCCGUAGCGUCGAUACCCAAGCAGCAUAUACACUGUACGGCACUCAGAAGUCCGGGAUUCUCAAAGGAAGCCAGUACUCGGCCAAUAUGUCUGACGGAGUAGAUGGCGAUUCAGCCCUUCUACUGUCGCUUAAGCGACCCAUGGAUGCAUGCAUUCAAUCACUGGCCAACUCUCUUUGCCUGGACAUGGAAUCGCUGUCUUUGAUGUACUUUUAUAUUAAUGAGCCAUUCUUCCCCAUAGCAUAUGCGGUUCCCGAAGAUAAGAUCCGCACCCGUGCAGAGAUUAUUGGGAUGACCAUCAGGAACAACCUCACUACUCAGGGUUUUCGCAGCUUUCUCCAGAGCUUUCUUGACAUAGGGUAUGUGCAAAUUAAUUUGUUCUUUAAGUUCCUGGACGAGGUUUGCUCAAAUAAAAGCUACUUCACCGGGGGAACGUGGCUUAAGACAGUAGCAAGCGAUGCACCAGACAUUUCUCCGGAGAAAGAUGCAGGGGUUGACUUUCCGGAUCCUAACCUUUCACUUUUGCCCGACACAGGUGAGUAUAGUUUGAACAUCACAGUACUAAAAGGAGCCGCUGGAGCGGGUGAAGGCUUCUCUGCUGAGCAGUACAAGUUGGGCCACGAAACGCUUCAUGCCAGUUUUUCUUUAGAUGCUUCUUUACGUGAAGCCUCUUUUGACCCUAGAGCUGAUAUUGAAGGUGUUUACGCUAGUAUGUCUCCUACAGCACGACUCGGUGACGACGGAUAUAAUAAGCUCGAACAAAACCAAAGCGACACACAAGCAGCUUCCAGUCCUCAUCCAUUUACAUUUCUAAUCCACAAAUUGGGUAUUAUGCCCAAUUACAUAUCAAUAGCAUACUCCUGUCAGCAGGAUAGCACAAACAAUCAGUUCACAGACCAAUUUGAUAUCAUUCUCUUAAAUAUGACUACAGGGCUAACAGACUGUUUAAAAGACACAUGCACGAAAAUAGGUCUACCAUUAAUCAAUAGAGGAGAGUCUGCGGCUGGAUGCAGACGCUUGCUAUUCUUCCCCAACAUAGAAGGGCCACAUGAGUUCAGCAAGAGCUACGAUUUUACUACUUUUAGAGGCACUAUGGCAUCGGAUGCUAACCUUGCGGUGCAUGAAAUUACUGACAUGCAGCAUGCGGAAAGACACGAUAGCCGCUCCUUCACAGUUAUAAAAGGCGCAAGCAGCAACCUUUAUGCUAGCAUUCAUAUGCUCCAGCAGCCGGGACGGAUGGGCAGUGGUGGAUCCGGGACCUUGAGCUUUAACCUGUUGACAAGGAUUGGAAGUGAGUUUCUAGAGAAUAUAAAAGCUGAAACCUUUAUUGAGAAGAGCUUUUACGAUACUAUCAAGACCAAGAAGUUUGCACACGUGAUUAUAGACCCUUAUAAUCAGCUCCCGUUUGCAUAUAAGCACCACUAUGCGGAAAAGAACGAUAAAGAUAAUAACAAUUGCUACAGAUCUAUCGCCAAGGUCGAUUGUGAACGAGACAUAGCUGUGCAGCUAGAGUCUUUGAACUCACUUAGCUAUAAUUGUAACAAUGACGUCAUUCCCCUUCUCUUGGGUAUUCUUUAUUCUGAGGCAGUAGCACCAGCACUCCAAGAGACCGCGUUCAAAAUUCUCAUCUAUAAAAUAACCCGCGAUAACUUCUAUGAGGCUGUUAACAAAGAAAUGAGCCGUCUUGAAAUGAAUAGCAAGGUUAAAGAGCAAAAGCAGUGGAUUCUCUUGUUGAACAUAUACUUCUUCGGCCAUAGACGCCUGUUGAACGCAUUUCCCAUUCUUCCAGAUGGGUACACCGGGCUAACGGCACACAGAUAUGAUCACGAAUGCAUUAUGAAGCUAGAUGUAGGAUCGUUGGUCGCUUAUGCCCUGCUGUGUGGGUAUGUCUCUAUGUCCAAAGCCACUGACCUGCUCUCCUUGUUAAACAAGGACAGUGAUACUGCCUCCUCUAGUCACGCACUAACGAUAGCGGUUCUUCAGGCACUUACCUGGCAAAUAAUCCGUAAAGUGAUCGUUAUUAAUACAGAAGUCUACAUGGUCUUGCUCAUCUUCAUCAACUUUCUUAUUAGCAACGCCACUAUGAUCUCUGUUCGCCGAAUGGCCAUUUGCUCGUUGACAUUAAUCGUAUCGACGGCCUGGGAAAAUCCUGGAGUAGCGACUGCUCUUAUUGAUCUUUUCAAUGAAAAGGAGCUUAUUUCGGAAAAGAUACGCCUCCUUAUUAGUUGCUUAUUUGGUGGUGGUUGUUGCGACCAGGAUUUGCAUGCUAUUAGACCCAGUUUGCUCGAUACAAAAGAUCGUCCUAGAUGCUCCUGUAAUUGCUGCAACUGUGCACUUAUAAACAGCGAUAAAUCACUCGGUCCCUUUAUUAUUAUAAGGGUGAUUUUUGUCCACAUUCUGUUAGAUAUCAUAGAUUUAUACCUUGAGAACAAUAGAAAUUCAUCUGAAUCCAGUAUGGACGCGACACACCUGCAUUACUCUCCAGCUGUGGCCGGGAUGUUCAUCAGCCGGGAGGUUGUGGACGAGUGCUUCCACUGCCUGGACUUGCUGGGAACAAAUAACUACAUGACCUCCAGCGACUCAACCGCGUACAUCGUCCAGCCGCUCUCGAGCCGCUUCGUCGCGGCCCUGUACAGAGGGACGGUCUACUCCCAGACACACAGCAUGGACCCGUGCAACCGCUACGCCAUGUCCAACGCGGAGGCGCUGGUCUUCAUGAUGGCCUACGUGACCCAUCUCUUCACCCUUCCCCUUAACGAGUCCAAACAGGUUGAGUGGGACGUGCUGCGCGGGUGCCCCGUAUGCCUCGUCAACGGGGGCUGCCGGUGCGUACGAGUGAGCUGGCCUGCCGUCAGGAGCCCCGACUCAAAGUCUGCCCCACAGAACUACGUGACCGUUCGGUGCCUGACGUCGGACUUCUUCUGGACAUACGAGCAAAGCUCUAGCAGCUAUGCUAGCCUUGAGGAGUACUUCGAUAAGCAUUACGUGGCCCAGGACCCCAUCACAGCCGCAGUGUUUGAAAACGGCAGGCUGGUCAACGCCCACUUCAAUCCCAAGAAGCGCUACGACGCGGUCCUGUUCAGACGAGCGGACAGGGCGGACAGAGAAGACAAUAGCACAAACCCCGAGCCCCGGGCGAGCUCGUGCUACCCGGAAUUCAUGCUUCCGUGCCUCUACAACCCGACCACGCGCAUCAACUAUCCCGGGUACCUAUUCAGACAGUGCCUCUUCGACGCCGCGGGCUGCAUGAUCGGGCAGUCUGUCGCAUCCCGGCUCAUCGACAUGCUCUUGUAUCCGGCAGGGCCCCGGGUGCAGCAGAAGGAGGAAGCCGGCGAUGCCUGCACUCCCGCCGCCUUAGAGUUGUUCAAGAGAGCAGCAGGAUUUGGAGAAGACAUGCCACUUCUUAUCCUUAACGCCAUCAGCACGCUGCACGGCGUGAAUCUCCUUAGGGCUCUGCCGCCCUCUCAAUUCGACAGUGAGGCAGAGAUCGAGGCCCUGGCAGAGCACCAGAGGACGGCAUCUUUCAAGGACGCACUGCUGGCAGCAACGCACAGCCACAGCGAAUACGUCAACGUUAUGACGACGUUCUGCGAAGAGAAUGUCACGCUGAAGGCGGGAAUGAACGACAACGUGUGCAAGAUGGAGCACAACAUGGGGUACCUCAUCCACGCGCGGUAUGAGUCGUCCAACGACCAGGUUCGAGGAACGGUGCUGCGGUUCGCUGGAUUUGUAAUAGGUUACAUGCCCAACUGA